CAUUUUCAACCACUACUCAUACUAGUUCACUAUGAGACCACACAUUGUUUUUUGGCUUUUCAUUAUACCAAUCAGCUUAAUAAACUCCAGCACUAACUAUUUUGUGGUGAAUGGCCACUGUCUAGCCCAUCAGCAUUCCUUGUUGCUCCAUUUGAAAAACAACCUGAUAUUCAACACCACAAAAUCCUCGAAGCUAGUUCAUUGGAACCAAAGUGAGGACGAUUGUUGCCAAUGGCAUGGGGUAACAUGCAAAGAUGGACAUGUUACAGCCCUUGAUCUUAGUCAUGAGUCUAUCUCAGGAGGACUUAAUCAUUCAAGUGCUCUUUUCAACCUGCACUAUCUCGAGAGUCUCAAUUUGGCUUUCAAUAACUUCCAUUCUGUGAUUCCUUCAAAACUGCAUAAGCUGCAGAAUUUGAAGUAUUUGAACUUUUCUGAUGCUGGCUUUGAGGGACAAGUCCCAAAAGAAAUUUCUCACCUCACAAGGUUGGUCACUCUUGAUUUGUCUUCUUCAGUUACUUCAAAUCACAGCUUAAAAUUUGAGAAUCCAAAUAUAGAGAUGCUGGUAGAAAACCUCACAGAUAUCACAGAAUUGUAUCUAGAUGGUGUAGCAAUAUCGUCUAGCGGGGAUGAAUGGGCUCGUGCUUUAUCUUUAUUGAAAAGGCUUCGUGUUUUGAGCAUGUCAUCGUGCAAUCUUUCAGGACCUAUUGAUUCUUCACUAGCUAAGCUUCAGGCUCUCUCUGUUCUAAAAUUGAGCAACAACAAUUUGUCAAGCAUAGUGCCAGAUUCCUUUGCAAAUUUCUCCAAUUUAACCAUCCUACAUCUCAGGAGUUGUGGUUUGAAUGGUUUUUUCCCAAAAGACAUCUUCCAAAUACACACAUUAGAGGUCAUUGACAUAUCAGACAAUCAAUAUCUUCAUGGUUCUUUGCCAGACUUCCCACCAUUUGCAUCUCUUCGCUACUUGAAUCUUUCCAAUACAAAUUUCUCAGGACCAAUUCCAAAUACCAUCUCAAAUCUAAACAAGUUAUCAACCAUUGAUCUGUCUUACUGUCAAUUCAAUGGAACAAUUCCAAGUUCAAUGUCAGAACUCACCCAACUUUUUCAUCUAGACAUGUCCUCCAAUAAUCUCACAGGUCCACUCCCUUCUUUCAAUAAGUCCAAAAACCUCACAUAUCUAUCAUUAUUUCGCAAUCAUUUGAGCGGGGAUUUACCAUCCAACCAUUUUGAGGGCCUCAAGGAUCUUGUCAGCAUUGAUUUAGGAUUCAAUUCUUUCAAUGGAAACAUCCCCUCGUCUCUACUUAAGCUCCCAUGUUUGCGAGAAAUAAAGCUUCCAUUUAAUCAACUCGAUGGUCACUUGGGUGAAUUGGAUAAUGCAUCCACUCCGGUAUUGGAGAUGCUUGAUUUGGAUAGCAAUAACUUACAAGGACAUAUUCCUGCCUCCGUAUUUAACCUUAGAACACUUCGUGUCAUUCAACUUUCUGCCAACAAGUUUAAUGGCACAAUACACUUGGACGUCAUUCGUAAGCUAAAUAAUUUAUCUACAAUAGGUCUCUCACAUAACAAUUUGUCCGUCGUUGACAACUUCAAAGAAGAUCAUGAUUUGUUACCCUUUCCAGAUAUUAGAGUUGUUAUGUUGGCUUCUUGUAAGUUACGGAUGUUUCCAAGUUUUUUGAAAAACCGGUCCACAUUACUGACUCUUGACUUAUCUCGCAACGAGAUUGAAGGACAUAUACCUACUUGGAUUUGGCAACUCGAAUCUCUCAUUACCUUGAAUCUUUCCAAGAAUUGUCUCACUAACUUUGAAGAAAGUAUUUGGAACUUAAAUUCAAACCUUUUUGAGGUUGAUCUUAGUUUUAACCAACUGCAAGGGCCUAUUUCUUGCAUUCCAAAGUAUGUAACAUAUUUGGACUACUCAAGCAACAGGUUGAGCUCUAUCAUACCGUCGGACAUUGGAAACUAUCUCCCUUUCAUACAAAUAUUGUUUCUUUCCAAUAAUAGUUUUACGGGAGAAAUCCAUGAAUCCUUUUGCAAUUCUUCAACUCUUCGUUUGCUAGAUCUUUCCUACAACAAAUUUGAUGGGACAAUUCCGAAGUGUUUUGCAAAACUGAGUAGCAACCUUAGGAUGUUGAAUUUUGGAGUGAACCAGCUCCGAGGACAUAUCCCUGAUACUAUAUUCAGAAACUCAUGUGCACUAAGAUAUUUGGACCUAAAUGAUAAUCUCUUGGAAGGCACCAUACCUGGAUCUUUGGUCAAUUGCACAAAACUACAAGUCCUAAACCUUGGAAUGAAUGCUUUAACUGACAGAUUUCCAUGUUUCAUGAGCAGCAUUUCCACCCUUAGGAUCAUGGUUCUAAGGUCUAAUAAGCUCCACGGGUCUAUCGGGUGCCCAAAUAGCAAUGGUGAUUGGGAGAUGCUUCAUAUUGUCGAUCUAGCAUCCAAUAAAUUUAGUGGAAUGAUAUCAGGAACACUGUUAAGCAAUUGGAAGGCAAUGAUGCGUGAUGAAGGCAUACUUGGGCCAGAAUCUGGCCAUUUGUUUUUUGAAAUCACCGAUGACUAUGUUCCUAUAAGUUUAAAGGCCGUGUUACCACAUUUUAGCAAAUAUCUCCAAACAAGAUUGGUUAAACUUGUAGCAAACAUGCCUCGAUCUAUCCUUGACCAAGGGUUCGUUGAUUCUAAUACAGUGGAUCUUCAACGUUAUCAGGAUUCAAUUAUUGUUGUCAACAAGGGUCGGCAGAUGAAGAUGGUCAAAAUUCAAAUGGCCUUCACUUAUGUGGAUAUGUCAAAUAACUAUUUGAAGGGGCCAAUACCUGACGAGCUAAUGGAAUUCAAGGCACUUUAUGCUCUCAACUUGUCACAUAAUGCACUUACGGGUCAUAUACCAUCAUCUGUGGGGAACUUGAAGAAUCUCGAGUCUAUGGACUUGUCAAACAACUUCUUCAAUGGAGAGAUUCCUCAAGAGCUUUCAAGUUUAUCUUUCAUCGAAUAUCUAAACCUCUCGUUCAAUCACUUAGAGGGGAAAAUUCCUUUAAGUACUCAAAUCCAAACAUUCAGUGCAGAUUCCUUCAAAGGGAAUGAAGGGUUAUGUGGUCCUCCAUUGACCAACAUUUGCAGCGAUGAUGAAGUGCAGGAGCUGCAACCAUCUCAUUCUCGAAAUGAGAGUUCAAUUGAUUGGAAUUUCCUAAGUGUGGAGUUGGGAGUUAUUUUUGGGUUUGGAAUUUUCAUCCUCCCUCUUAUCUUCUGGAAGAAAUGGAGGUUGUGGUAUUCGAAACAUGUAGAUGGAAUGCUUUACAGGAUCAUUCCACAACUUGAUUAUGAAUUUGAACAACAUGAAGGAAAGAGGUAUAGAGUUUUGAGGUGGAGGUACUGAUUGUAGAUCCAACAAUUUGUUCUCUUCUAUUUUUUGGGUUUUGCACUUCUAGUAGUAGUGUCCAAAUAAGGAUGGAAUUGAUUGUGUCCAUUAAUCAAGCAGAAAAAUAAACAGCUUGU